AUUACUUGUUAAUGUUUGCACUUUCCUCUUGCAUCCAGGGUGGUCAGCAAGAAGAAAGCUCGUCUACCUCGGUCCUGGUCAGGCUGUUUGUUCUCUCUUGUUUGUCAGAAAACCAGGAAUUGAGAAUCAUGGCUGCGAAGCCCAAACUGUAUUACUUCGAUGGCAGAGGCAGAAUGGAAUCCGUGCGCUGGCUCCUGGCUGCUGCUGGUGUGGAGUAUGAAGAAGUGCUCUUCCAAACAGCUGAAGAUUUUAAGAAUUUAAUUAAGAGUGGAAAACUAAUGUAUGACCAAGUGCCAAUGGUUGAAAUGGAUGGAAUGUCCAUAGUACAAACCAGAGCCAUCCUGAAAUAUAUAGCUACAAAAUACAACUUGUAUGGGAAGGACCUGAAGGAGAGAGCAAUUAUUGACAUGUAUGUGGAAGGGAUGAGGGACCUGAAUGACAUGAUUAUGUUCUUCCCAUUUUCUUUGCCUGAAGAAAAACAAAAGAUUCUCAACUAUAUCCUGGAGAGGGCCACUCAAAGAUUCUUCCCAGUGUAUGAGAAGGCAUUAAAAGACCAUGGGAAAAAUUACCUUGUUGGCAACCAGUUGAGCUGGGCAGAUGUCCAGCUGCUUGAAGUCAUCCUAAUGGUUGAAGAACUCAAGUCUGACAUUCUAUCUGCAUUCCCUAAGCUUCAGGAGUUCAAAGCUAGAGUCAGCAAGCUCCCCAAUAUUCAGAAAUUCCUCCAGCCUGGUAGUCCAAGAAAGCCACAAGAGGAUGAAACAACUGUGGAAGUUGUAAAGAAGAUAUUCAAGCUUGAUGAAGACUUGUUUCUUCAACACAUGUGAAUAUUCAGCUCAAGUAAAGAGUUCUAAAGAACACAA